GGGAUAACGGGGAGGGUACCGGCAAGCUGAAAUGCUCUUACAUGACCGACUGUCCAAAAGCCGAGAGAUCUCUCCCUGUUCCCGGUGUGCGGGCUCCGGGUGCGGCCAGUGAGCGGCAGAGGGGCCGGAGUGUCCGCCUGUGAUGACUGCAGCAAGCCCGGAACGCUUCUACUGCAGCAUAUGCUGCGCGCCCAGAUACUGACUGCAUUUAUUACACGGGUGUGUACCAUUUAAUUCUGUAGGACCCCAGACACGUGGUGUGAGCCCGUUAAUGCCCCACUUACUCCUAGCGACUGUAUGGGAAAAAGACCAGACGCCGGAUUGGGGAGCAUCUGCUGCAUGCCAUGAAUUGGGGGGACACUGGAUUGCUGCACACCAGGGUAAUGUGUGUGUGACACAUCCGAGUUAAUCAUUCUCCCAGAAGCAAUGCCUGACAGAGACCAGGGAACAAACUCACAGCUCAGCAGAACUCCUGAAGACUGGCAGAGCCCUUUCCCCUCCUCUGACUGUCUGCAUUUAGCAGUGAAUGGGCUCUCCCUGUGGAGUGGUUUCUCACUGGCAAUCCAUGUGACAUAUAUGUGACCUGUGCUGAUCUAUAUAUAUAUAUACACACACCUCUGCUGGAACUGGCUUGGGGCUUUGGACCCUUUACAUGAACCGCAGGUUGUAAGUCUCUAGGAUCUCCCCCGGGGCACGAGGCAAGAUGGGGACGCAGGGCCAAGGAUAUGGCUACUACAGGACAGUCAUCUUCGGUGCCAUGUUUGUGGGAUACACCUUGUAUUACUUCAAUCGCAAGACGUUCUCCUUUGUCAUGCCAUCUGUAAUGCAGGAGAUCACACUGGACAAAGAUGAUUUGGGUCUGAUCACCAGCAGCCAGUCUGCAGCCUAUGCCAUCAGCAAGUUUAUCAGUGGGGUCCUGUCUGACCAGAUGAGCGCUCGCUGGCUCUUCUCCUCCGGCCUCUGUCUGGUGGGCUUAGUGAACGUCGUCUUCUCCUGGAGUUCCAGUGUUUCAGUCUUUGCUAUCCUCUGGUUCUUCAAUGGACUUGCACAGGGGCUCGGCUGGCCACCCUGUGGGAAGGUCCUUCGAAAGUGGUUCGAGCCCUCCCAGUUUGGCACAUGGUGGGCAGUACUAUCCUGCAGCAUGAACCUUGCUGGCAGUCUGGGUCCUAUCAUUGCCACCCUUGUAGCAGCCAGUUACAGCUGGCGCAGUACGCUUUCCUUCUCUGGUCUCAUCUGCGUUGGAGUCUCUGUCAUUUGCCUUAUCCUCAUCAAGAAUGAGCCGUCGGAUGUGGGGCUGAAGAAUAUUGAACAGGGGCCUAAGAAAGGGAAGAAAGGUUCCCAAAGUGAUGAGACUACCCUGAAGGAGUUCCUGCUGUCUCCUUACCUGUGGUUGCUGUGCGCUGGUUACUUGGUGGUGUUCGGAGUGAAGACGUGUUGUACAGACUGGGGACAGCUCUUCCUCAUUCAGGACAAAGGGCAGUCCGCUUUGAUAGGAAGCUCGUACAUGAGUGCGCUUGAGGUGGGGGGUCUGGUAGGCAGUAUCGCCGCAGGAUUGCUGUCUGAUCGGGCUGUGGCAAGAGUGGGCUUGAGGAGCCACGGUAACCCCCGCCACGGACUUCUCCUCUCUAUGAUGGCUGGAAUGGUUGUGUCCUUGUUUCUGUUUCGUGUUACCGUCACUCCAGGAUCACCCAAGGUUGAUGGGAUCUUGUCUCUCGCUCUCCAGCCUCUCGCUGAGAUGUCCAAUCUGAACCAACAAGAGGUAUGGAUUCUCAUCCUAGGAGCUGUCUUUGGCUUUUCCUCUUAUGGGCCCAUAGCUCUGUUUGGCGUGAUUGCCAAUGAAAGUGCCCCUUCUAACUUCUGCGGCACGUCUCACGCAAUCGUCGCCCUAUCGGCUAACGUUGGUGGGUUCCUUGCAGGACUGCCUUUCAGCACAAUAGCCAAGCAUUAUGGCUGGGACACUGCUUUCUGGGCAGCCCAGAUGACCUGUUUGGCCGUCACCAUAGUCUUCUUUCUUCUGAGGAACAUCCAGACCAAGAUGGGGCGCUUGGCUAAGAAAUCAGAUUGAGAUGAAAGCCCUGCCCCUAACUCCAUGCAUGAAGAGACAAAUCGGGAGGAUGGAGAGGGGGUGGGCUGUAACUUUUCGUUUGUACUCACGUCAGGGUACUGCAGGAUUCUGGUUAGUUGUGCCAAGCAAGUAGCCUGGUCUUUCCCUAUCCAUUCUCAGGUGUCCUCUGGCUGCAAGACCACUCUGGAAGCUUCACCUUCUUGUGCUUAUGACAGAAGACAUGUCACGUAGCAUUGUACAGGCAGGUGAGAUGCUGAGGUCCUCAUACACAGCAAUCAUGGGGACAUCACAUUCUAGCAGUGAAAUCAUUUAGUCCAACUGCGUUUCAUGGGAGGCCCCUCCUCUCUGGAUGGCGUGCUGAUUACCUCUGCACACUACUGCAUCUCAAACAUAUAGUAUAUAUGUCUCUGAAGACAUUAACUGGAAGAUUACUUAUUUAACUAAUAAAAUCUUGGAUUUUGAA